GAGGUAUUCAUGGCCCUCGGCCGGGAUGCCGAGCGGGCAGACGGUGCCGGCGCAGAGGGGCACUCCGACCCGCUCGGCCCGGAGCCCGAGCUGGCGGAGGCGGGCGCGGAGCCGGGCCGCGGCGGGUGGGUGCGCACGGCGGCGGCGGUGA